AUGGGUGGAAAUUCGUCCACGCCACAGGUUCAUUUUUCACUAACCAUUUCUGAAAAAAAUUAAUUUUUUUAUGAAAUGAAUUACGAGGCUUAUUAUAAAAAAAUAUAAUCUUUCCUCUCUCGGCUCUCUUUUUCGAGCUCAAGAUUUUUCGAUACUGAAAAAUUUUAAACAUCGAAAAUUAAAGAUUUUUUUCUUUGUUCGCAAAUAAUGCUUGAGCUAGAGGGGUCCCUGUAGGGUUUUUAGGAUAAAAACAGCCUCUGAUGGGGACAAAAUGGCUCUUUUUAGAGGGUAAAAUUAAGGCGGUCCCGUAGGGGUCCCUUCUAACCCCUAAAGUGGUCCCUAUAGUGGUAUUCUGAUUUUUUUCAGAUUUGAAAGUUAAAUAGACGUAUUUAAAAUAAUCAUCCUUCUAGUGAUGUUUUUUUUUCCUUUCAAAAAGCACUAAUUUAGGGGCCACUUUCGUUAGCUCUAGUGGUCCUUAUGGGGGGAGCUAAGGUUGUCCCUAAAGGGGAACCUUCAGGACCCCUAGGGUUACCUCUAUAGGAACAACUCUGGCGUUCCUGAGCUGGCUUUUGCAUAGAAGCGCAAGUAGUUUCGGGUCUGGCGCAGCUUAUAAUUUGCGACCGUAGCACUCUGCCAUUCUCCGUGCGACCAGCUUGUUUAAAGUCCUUCAAAUUUACUGAAAAAAAAACGGCCGAUGGAGGCCUCGGCAAGUUUUCCAACUUCUCUGGAUUCUCAAGUUUCUUUCCAGCUCCAACGUGGGCCUCUCUUCCAAGCGGCCAUCGACGGCGACGUCGACAGGAUUGAAGAACUUCUGAAUCAAGGAGAAGACGUCGAUACCUUGAAUCCAAUCGGAAGAACUCCGUUGCACUACGCGGCAUCCAAAGGGCAUCUGAACGUCGUCAAUCUACUUUUGGAGCGGGGAGCUCAAGUUGAUUCCAAGUCGAAGGUUGGACUUUUGCUCUUAAGUGAGAAAUCUGAGGUUCUAAGGAUGGAAAUACGGCUCUACGAGAAGCAGCCUUCCAUGGCCAUCUUGGCGUCGUUGAAGUUCUAGUGAAGAAUGGAGCCGAUGUAAACGUCAAGACGGGUAAAGGAUUCACGGCGCUGCAUCUGGCGGCUCAGGAAGGUCAUCCUGAAGUCGUUCGCUUCCUUCUUGAGAAUGGGGCCGACGUUGAUCUGAGGAAUUCGGUUGGUAUUCAAGUUUGACGGAAACUUGGGAAAAUGGUUACCUGAAAAUGGGCCAGAACGCUUCUUGAUGUAGUAGAUGGCCUUCCAGAAAGGCUCAACCUGGAAAAUUUCCUAGCUUUUUCGAACUCAAAGAAAACUCUCAAAAUCCAUUGGUGUAGGCUAUUUUGGGGCCCUUAUUUCUCGAGAACUAGGAAUUUUUUCGGGCUGAAACUUUCAGAAACUGCUUCUGGGGCAUCAGGGAGUGUUCUAACCAAGCUUCCGUGAAGUAAAUUCCUUUUGAACUUAUUUCAGUUCAAAAAGGUUUCUGUUCAUUUAGGACCAAGGAACAGCUCUUCACUUUGCUGCAAUGAAAGCUCAAAUCUCAACUAUUCCGAUCCUUCUGGACUUCGGAGCUGAUAUCAACGCUCAAAGUGACAGUGGGAACACGGCACUCAUCGAAGCGGCCAUCAAAAAUAGCCUCGAAGUUGUGGAUUUCCUGCUGUCGAAGGGAGCCAGGACUGACCUUCGGACUGAGGUAAGCUCGAAAAAGCGCUACUCAGGGUUUAAUUUUUAGAGUUCGUAAUGAAAUGAAGAGGAUCUUGAAAGGUCUCCAGGGUUGAAUCUUACUCAAACUUUCUCUCAUCGGGCAAAGUCGGAAUGAUGGAAGGAAGAGGCUCGAAAAAAGCUUCAGAAAGACAGCAAAAAGGGUCCUUUAUCGAGCCUUCCAUUUUUUCUAGAAAUCAAUAAAUGGUGGAAAAAGGGAGAGGCUCAAAAAUGGUGCAAAAGGGCCGAGAAAAUGGCGCAAAAAGGCAGCAAAAAGGAAGCCUUUUUCACCGUAAAAGGUACAUCUCUAUGGAACCUUUUUCCGACUUUGUCUAUGUCUGAAAAGUUUUGAAUUUUUUUUUUGAAACCUCCUUUUCUAUUUUUAUUAUUUUUUUUCCAGAAUGGCUACACUGUCCUCGACGUCGCGUCCUUCCUGAACAACCAUGAAAUCGUCUCCUCCCUUUUAAAAAACCAAAAAACAAAUGUGAAUUAUCAAGACGACAAUGGGUUCACGGCCUUGCACAGCGCCGCUCAAAAGGGAAAUCCGGAAGUCGUUAGAAUUUUACUCGAGAACGGAGCCGAAGUUGACCUUUUCAGCGUGGUGAGAAGAUGUAAAACCUUCAAAAAAUAAAAUCAAUCAGGACGAAAAAACCGCUCUGCGAGAAGCCUCCUUCUACGGCCAUCUGUCGGUAGUCCAACUUCUGGUAGAACAUGGAGCUGACGUCAGUCGACAGGACAACUUGGGACUUUCUCCGCUCCAUUGUGCCGCCUGGAGAGGUCACGAGAACGUGGUUAGGCUCCUGCUCACCAAGGGAAUCGAUGCUGACUUGAAGGACUAUGUUGGUGGAUCUUCCUUUUCCAAGUUCCACAACACUUCAGGAAGGCAACACCCCUCUACACAUGGCUUCCACCGAAGGCCACAAAACCUGCGUGGCCGCUCUUCUGGAGCGCGGGGCCGACGUCAACGCCAGAACGACGAAAGGACUUUCCCCUCUGAUGUGUGCGACCGAGAAAAAUCAAGUCGAAACGAUGAAAUUCUUGAUUUUCAAAGGCGCCGACGUGAAUCAAAGAGCAGCGGUUUGUUGAUUCUAAUCGAUAAAGAUGUUGAAAUUCCAGGAAAAUGUGACCGCUCUACAUGGGGCUGCAUUCAACGGCAUUUUGGCUGUUGUCCAGAUUCUGGUGCUGAACGGCGCGGAAGUUGAUGCUCAGACGAAAGAUGGUGACACUCCUCUGCUUCAUGCAGUUCAGGAGAAUCACCUCGAUGUCGUCAAGUUCUUAUUGGAGAAGGGGGCGAAGGCUUCUUUGAGUAAUCAGGUAUGUUUUUGGCGACUUGAAAGGACUUCUCUGCGCCCUCCUUGUCUCUCGGCGACCCUCUCAUGUUUACGUGCUAUUUUCUUAUUUCUCUGACCUCGCCGGUGAGAUGACAGAGAGACGCAGACACUGGAGAACUUUCAAGACGCGGUGAAUGGACUAUAUCACUCUAGUAGCAGACUUAUCGCACUGAGAAUGGCUCAAUGCGUCGCGGUCGCGUUGCGGUUGUAAACGGCUCCCAAAAGCUUCCUUCUCUGCUUUCCGAUGUCUCAGCGCGCAAGUCGUUUUGGGUCGGAUCAAAGCUACCGAUUUUUUUUUACGCGUAGCCGCGUGCGGCCAUAGGCUUUUUAGCCAUACAAACUCAAAAAUACGGAAUCUAUCUCAAAUUUCAAUUUUAUUUUUUUCAGAAAGGACUAACUCCAUUGAAAGCCGCUGAAGAAAAAAACCACACCGAAAUUUUUAAAUAUUUUUGA